AACCAAAGAAGAUGAAUCCUUGCAGUCACGAAAGCUUCAAAUCGAAAUUGGACUGCAUUCGUCAACAUUCGAACGAUUACGCGCAAAUUACUCAAUUGGGAUUACAAAUCUCUCACGAUCAUAGCCUCCUCCUGCCAAAACUUGGCAGGACCCCCCCCGUGACCAAGUCCUGAGAUUCGGCGAAGCGUUCCUGGAUAAACACGUGUAAUUAUACAAGUGUAAUUACAGUGUACGAGUUUAAUUAAACAAGUGAGAGUCACGUUUGCUUAAACUUGCGGUUUAGGUGAUGUUGUCGCUGUAAAUAUCCACGUGAUAAGCUUCUGAAUAAGAAGCUAAUGGCUGAGUGGGCUUUACCUGGCGAGGUGACGUUCUGACGUGCCGCUCCUGGACAUCUGUGAAAAAGACCUUUAGAGCGCAUUGGAUUCCUCCAGUAUAAAUAUUCUGAUGUUAAACCAAUGCUGGUGAGCAAAGGCCCUAUCGGCAUCAGCAUUGCAUAACCCUGCGCGCAGUUGCGUGCAGGGUGGUAGAGGCAUCUAUACCACUCUGAAACCAACUCUGUGCACACGUUUGAGCUUUGCGCCCUUAAGAUAAUUAAUAUUUAUUGUUUUGCAAUGGCCCAAAGACAAUUAUUUGCACGAAACAUAUUUUGUAGCCUUUGAGAACAUGUUUCAAUGUAUUUUCCCCGACUCCUGUUAAGAUAAUGUACACGCGGCGUCGGUGUUGUUUGACCAUACUUCACCAUGCUGGCCAGUGCGGGUGGGUGACGGUGGGGAGCAUAGACGGUGUGGUAUGUAGUAGGGUACAACACAACGAUGGAUUACAUUGUUCUGCCCUCGAAUAACAGUGCAGCUCCCUGCUGCAGUCCGCAACAGCUGUUCCACACGUGGAGGGUCACCCAUCGUACCAGGAUCGUGAGACGAAACUCGGUGUUUAAACGUCUAAAAACGCGUCAUCAUGGGUUAUUGUCCAUCCACGACCAUGCAUUGAGGUUAUUAUUUAUACUUAAUUUAUUGUUUGUGUUGUCGUUGGGAAGUAAAGCUCUUGACAGUAACAUCUAAUAACAUUGUAGCAACAAGCCCGCCUGCCGGUGGAUUACAAAAUAUCUAUCGAAACUGGUCGGGAGAUAAAUUGUUAAAAUAAAUACUGGUCGAUAAUGGUUGGUAUUGAAGGCCGAUAGGACAAGGCAUGAUAGCAUGUAUAUAUAAAGUGUGCAGAGAUGUAAAAACAACAUGAAUGUAUUUAUACAUUAUUUAUUUAGAUUGCAGACAGGGUAUUAUUGUACGAUGCUAAUGUGAUGCAGCUUAUAUAUCUGGUGUAUACUCAUGGUGUAAGCUGAAAAACACAUGUCUGUUUAGAUUAGCGCUUAUUUAAUUAUACAAAUUAUGCAUUUACAACCAUGUUAAUCCACUGCUGGAUCAACGCCUCGCCACUGCGUGUCAGUCAUAGAAGUUGUUUGACUAUAAAUCACUGCAUUUGUCAAUGUGGGUUGGUGAAGGGGGAUGGCAGUAAAGGUUUAUUCAUAAAAUAUCUGUGCCAUCAGCUUCAGAGUGGACGUUAAAUAUCCCGUGGCGUCAUUCGCAAGAGUAAGGCCAUUGUGUGACGGCAUCCUGGUCUACCAUUGGAAUAUACGUAGUAAUUAUCGCCCCCCUCCCUACUGAGAUAAAUUGUCAGGACCCUCCUGAAAAAGUCACGACAUGUAUUGGUGCUCAGAGCCACCCUAUCUAGAUGGCCACUGGCCAGGUGGCUCAGCGGGAUCACGGGAGGCUUACAGUCGGAAGGUUGAGGGUUGACUCGGCUAAUCAGCCCUUCGGGAUCGAUACAACGAGUUCAUGACGCUUGUUUACCCAGCCUUUCCUGGGCAAAGAAACUUAAUACAUAGAAAAUAAAUAACAUAUCCAUAACUCGUCACUGAUGUUAGUGAGCCUUUGCUAGAAAUCAAGCUCGGUUGGCCGAGUUAGCACAUUCCGCCACCGCGCCCGCUGUUGCUGGAUGGGAGUGUUAUUCCUUGUUGCUGGAUGGGAGUGGUGUUCCUUGUUGCUGGAUGGGAGUGUUAUUCCUUGUUGCUGGAUGGGAGUGGUAUUCCUUGUUACUGGAUGGGAGUGGUAUUCCUUGUUGCUGGAUGGGAGUGUUAUUCCUUGUUGCUGGAUGGGAGUGGUAUUCCUUGUUACUGGAUGGGAGUGGUAUUCCUUGUUGCUGGAUGGGAGUGUUAUUCCUUGUUGCUGGAUGGGAGUGGUAUCCCUUGUUGCUGGAUGGGAGUGUUAUUCCUUGUUGCUGGAUGGGAGUGGUAUUCCUUGUUGCUGGAUGGGAGUGUUAUUCCUUGUUGCUGGAUGGGAGUGGUAUCCCUUGUUGCUGGAUGGGAGUGUUAUUCCUUGUUGCUGGAUGGGAGUGGUAUUCCUUGUUACUGGAUGGGAGUGGUAUUCCUUGUUACUGGAUGGGAGUGGUGCUCCUUGUUGCUGGAUGGGAGUGGUGUUCCUGGUUGCUGGAUGGGAGUGGUAUUCCUUGUUGGUGGAUGGGAGUGGUGCUCCUUGUUGCUGGAUGGGAGUGGUAUUCCUUGUUGGUGGAUGGGAGUGGUGCUCCUUGUUGCUGGAUGGGAGUGUUAUUCCUUGUUACUGGAUGGGAGUGGUAUUCCUUGUUACUGGAUGGGAGUGUUAUUCCUUGUUGCUCGAUGGGAGUGGUAUUCCUUGUUGGUGGAUGGGAGUGGUAUUCCUUGUUACUGGAUGGGAGUGUUAUUCCUUGUUGCUGGAUGAGAGUGGUGUUCCUUGUUGCUGGAUGGGAGUGUUAUUCCUUGUUGCUGGAUGGGAGUGGUAUUCCUUGUUGCUGGAUGGGAGUGGUGUUCCUUGCCUCACAGGGUGAGGGAGGUGGGCGCGAGGAGUUUAAUCCCUCUGGGGGAGAAGCCACGCGGUGCUCUAAAGGAUAGAAUGAGUUCGUGAAAUAAGGAGGAAUACAUAAUGAUAUUGAAAAGUAGGUGUGUUAUGCCCAAAUAUGGUUUUCCUGGGUGUGCAAUUGUCCAUAUAUGGAGUUACGGAACACGAAUCGAUAGAAAUAAUAGCGAUUUUGAUUCAACGCUCGACCCCGUCAUAAAUCCCAUGCUCAAACUCGUAAAGUUCGUUCUCAUGCUGGAGCCCAUAAUGACGCUUUCCAUUGGUUGUUCAUUGUGCGGCAUCGCUUCCCAUCAGGUUACAUUAGGGCUCACGCAAACGCAGUCCCUCCAUGGCGUCACGGACUCGUUCUGUGGCGUCACGGCGCCGUCGCACUUUUGCUCGUGGCACGUGGGAGACGUGCCACGUUGUGGGGCGAUCGGUACCGUGUGUUUAACCAUAACACGACGAGCGUCACUGUGGAGAGUGUAACUCCGAAUAAGCGGACAACAUGCCUCCUUUACAUAUUUGUCCCACCACAUACAAAAAAAGUGUGUUUCACACAUGCCAUCAGCCACACGUGGCAGGCCACUAGCAUAGUGACAAGCAAUCCUCACCCUGCUGGUGAGACAUUGAGUCUCGUAACUGGUCCCAAAUUUUUUAUUUUAUUUUUGAAUGUGGAGGGAUAGCUAUGAGAAGGAGUCUGCUGUUUUGGCUUAUUUAUUUCUUAAUGGGUAAACCGCGAAAGAGCCCAUAAAGACCGCAAGGCUUCCAAGGGAAGCUGGGUUAUUGGUCGACCGCCUUGUGCCACCGCCCUCGCUUCAUCCGACUGGACUCAUGAGCAGUGGCAGGAGGAGAGUGGCUUUGGGGCGUAGCAGCGUGAGUCCAGUAAGAAGAUGCUAUCAGCGCUGACUCCCCUCGCCACGAUGAGCUGGCUUCUUGACUAAGUUGACGGCACGUGGGAUGUAUGUCGCCGCAUAUAUUCAAUUACAUCUACGCUUGCACUUCUGCAACCCCCGCCUUCACCAACCCGCACAGACCAGCGUGGUGAAGUAUGGUUAGACAACCCCGACAACCUGCACGGCGUGCGAAUCCAGCCGUACGAGUCGUUUUGCAGCGACUCCCUGGCGCGUAGACUGGAACAACGCGAGACAUCCCAGGGACUCCUGCCCACUGUCGGAAUGCUGGCUUGGGAUCCCAGACAUGUCUCUUGGCCCGUCUUGUCGGCUCACUUCACUGUGGCCGUAUUGGUCGCAGUUUUCCAAGUGGUUAAAGCUGAGCAGGCACAGGGGUCGCCGGGUGGCCGAGAAUUCUCCAGGACGGAGAGCGGCGGCGACAGUGCCGGCAUUUGCCAGAGCCUGUGCAUGAUCAGUCCGCCGCCCCCGCUGCCUCCACCACCGCCUCUGCGCAAACCCAAGUCCAGGGAACCACCACAACUUCCCCUACCAAACCCAACCAGAGGGCCUGUGAUAGAAGACAGCCAGUGGCUGGAAUUGGUCGUUUUCCUGGUGGUGGGUGGCGUGAUUCUCUUAGCCAUCAUCCUAUUGGUCACCAUCUGCUACAAGGCCAUCCGGAGGAAACCGUUACAUAAGGAGGAGAAUGGAGGGAACCAGGCUGAGUCUGCAGCUCCAAUGCCAGAUGACAAAACUACUGAAGCCAACAACACUGUAGCUUGACCAGAAGAGAGAAAAUCACACGAAACAAAAGUCAAAGGACAAUGAUAAGGAUUCGCCACAAUAGCCUUGUCAUCUAGGACGCUUAGAUGCCCUUUCGCACUUACGAGAGCCCGUCAAGGAAGGCAUUUCCCGAGGGCUGACAUUCUGACGAAUGGUGCAAAUACGCAUGCGAGUUGAAGAAAUGUCAAGGAUGAAUUCUGCAGACCGAGCGUACAGUGUAUAAAUCAUUCAAACGACUCCGUGCCAAGCUUUCCCAUCCUCAGAACAGGCCGACGUAUUUUGCCUCCCGCUUAAUAUAUGAAAGUGGCCCUGAGUUGUCAUUAUUUAUGCGCUGUCAAGCCUGCGGAAAUACCCCUCGUUUUCUUUUUAGCAGAGUUAUAAAUAAUGAUUUAAUUUCGUCACGUUUCCACUUGAGUUCUUCCAAUAUAAGUUCACGGUGAUUCAAAUGCCUCCUUAGAUGUUUUUUUCCCAAUCACAAGUCUGAUUACAUAGUGAAAUAAUUUCCAACUGAAAUCUUGCUUGAGCAUGUUUGGCCCAUAAACCAUAACUUGUGUUUGGCAAAGAGCUGAAUUGUGAGACUGUAUUUUCCCGUGGCCGAUGAGUGUUAAGGAAGGAGAGUGCUUGCCAAUGAUCUGUUGCAAAAGUGAUGAUUUCAUUCUCCAUUUCCUGAUGUGCUCACACAUGUCUGGGUGAAUACUUUUAGAAUGCAUGUGCUUAGGGUCACCACUCACCAUGGGACUUGAAAUAGUUCCUGACCUUUCCCAGUUGAUUUCAUGAAAAUGAGAUAUGACUACAAUAACAAGCAUGCGAGACAUCGUAUAUAGUUUGUCAUAAUCUUUUUCAUUUGCUAGCUAUGAGCAUUUUAAACAAUUUUUGCUCACUUACUGAAAACACAGUGGGCCUGCCUUUUAAAAGUUUGCCUAAAAGAAACAUUUACAAAAAAUAAAUUCCGCUAACAAUCGGGUUGAUGAGUCUCGCUUCUCACAAGGGGCAACAAAGGGAGAUUGACAUUCAAGGCUGCGAGCGUGCACAUUGAGAAUCGCAUGUUGAGUCAGAAGCGAUAAUAAUAUAUGAAUAUUCAAACGUGGCAGACCACUGCUGAAUGAAGGCCCCCCUCAUGCCAAUAUUGGUGACGGGAGUUGUUUGAACCAGACUUCACAACGCCGGUCGAUGCGAGUUGGCCAAGAGAGGAGGGGACUUAGGUCGGGUUCAGAUCGCCACUACCGAUGAUCGCCAUGGUGGGGAAUCAAUCGCAGGCUGCCGGCUUCACCGUUGCAGCACGCGAGUCGCUGCGCCGCUGCUCCGACGUCGUGGGUAUGCGUACGUAUUUGUGAGCCUGUGUGUGUGUGUGUACUUAGAAACCGUGUGUGCGUCGGUGUCACUGAAACGCGUUCCUAUUGUAACACAAAGCUAAAGUUGUGCCUCCCCUGCCAACUGCUCUGAAAAUCAAGGUGAAAUUUUGUUUUACGAUGGGAGGAAAGCGCCAACAAUUUGUUUGCCGGUGCUCACCCGAUAUUCUGAAGGUGAGCUUGCUGAAAUGUUACUUACGUCUCUUUCCAUUUCGGAGAAAAAGAAAGCUCAUAAUUUGUCUCUAUCCUUUGUAUGACUGCUGGAGUAGCUGCAAUUGCGAGGAAUGCAUCAUGAGUGAAGUACAAUGUCACAUUUCCGACUUGCUUGGAACUGAAAUAAUGGUUGCCACCUGCGCAGACAGUUUGGGAAUUGGCGUCUGUGUGUUUGUGGCAGGAAUUGAUUUGCACUGAUAUCUGGUGGUGUUGUGUUGAACUUUAUUUACAGUAGACUGCACAGAGCUGAUAGUAACAGACUGACCGACAAAUAUACCCGGGUUUGGUCUGUGGAAAAGGUGACAGCCCUCGAUCAGAACAUCUACGUAAAAUUACAGGAUAUUGGACAAAUAUACAACUCAAGACUGCUUUAAGUACGCUUAACUGUGGCUUUAUAAGCGGGUGUGCGCGAGAUUAACGAUACAUGUCAAGUGAUUUAUUGCUCGAAUCAGCAUUGAGGCGCUGUUCAUCUCCUUUUGAGAGCCCUAAACGCAAAUGAUGGAAAUUCCACAUUCCUAUGAUGGGGGUGAGUUUCUCCAUCGGACAACUGCUGUUGACUUUCACACAAAGUGGUACUCGUAUUAAUUACCCUGGAUGGAUUUGUGAACAUCUUUAGAGAAGGACUGUCACACCAAGUACAAACAUUUCAUUGGGUGUGGGCGGUUAAUUGGUCAGAUAUGCGACGAGGAACUGUACCCAAGAUUGCCACUAUUUCACCAAACCUGGACAUUUCUCAGCACGAGGUAUAUAAUUCAACAAAACAAACCCAGUCCCAGAUCUCGGUACAAAUCAGUUCCUACCAUCCGAACACAGAUGCCAACCCAAACGGUACUUGAGUAUUUGUGUAAUGUCCUGCAUUGUAAUUGUGCCAUGACGCAAAGUUUAACAAUGGAGACGGCGCGGUGGUUCUGGGUGGGGUCGGGUCCUGAGGUCCAUGGACCUCGUGGAGGAGCUCAUCCACUCGAGGUGUGCAAAGCCACGCAGGGAACCCCCGGCUCUAUUCGUGUUUACAACGGAAAUGCAAUCUGGAACGUGGUGCGGUCUUAAUGUUCAACCUCAACGUAUAUAUUUAUCCACUUAAUGUACAUUUGCCAAACAUGUACAUGAUAACUUUAUACAAUUCAUUAGAGGAAAUGCUCAUUGUAAAUUGUGUAAAGUAUUCAUUUUUUUCAAAGCUAAUGUGGCAAGAAAUUUUCAAACAUUAUUUAUAUACUAAAACUCUACACAAUCUUUACAGUUUAUACUGUAUAAAGCAACAGCUUGUUAAUUGUGAUUAGAUUUUUUUUUUAUUUUAACUUGGCAAUAUCAUUUUUAUGUUUUGAGAUCUUUUCUCCCAUAUCCGAUACCUUGUACAGCAUAUUUGACUCGUGUUGACUCCCACUAAUGAUACGUUGAGACAUACACAGCUGGGCUAUUUAGAAAAUUUCACAUCUUGUAAAGGACAACAACAGACAGCUUUACAAUUACAAAUAAACGCAGUGACGCUUUAACACUUCUAUAUCCCUAACAUAAUUGUAUAAAGGGUUCUACAGUAAUUGCAAAGGUGGCAUUGUACGCAAUAAUCUGUAUAGCAUUCACUGCUGAAUGUAUGAAGGCUGUUUUAAAAUAGACAGCGAAAAUAUUAAGCAGAAUAACUGUUGUGCGUGUGAACAUAUUUAAUAUUUACUGAAUAUAUGGCCAAAUAAUAUAUGGGUCUCAGUUCUUUGAUGGACAGCUUUGUCUUAAUCAACCUAUCGUUUUGAAGCAAUAUGCAACAAUAUGCUAUGUUUAAAUGUACACGUUCAGCACUUAUGAAUAAUUAACACGUAUCAUUGUUCAAACGAUGAAAAAAGCCAUACUUGUCCUUCUUUAGCAAGAAAAAUCGAACGUAUCAUGAUGGAACUUUUAACUCGUCGCAAUGUUUGUACACGCUAAAUAUAUGUAACCAACCGCAGAGGUGAUCUGUCACGGGUGUCUGUCCAUCGCUAGCUGGAACACAACUCACGCUCCAUGUAUGGAAUAUGCACAAAGGUGCUUUAUGCUUUUUUAUACCUUUUUUUGCAGCAUAACUUAAGCCAUUUUUUUUUACUUUUCGUUGAAUAUCAUAAAUGCCUGCCUGUAAAUAUGUUCAAAGAAAACUGUAAAGCAAUGUAUACUAUCAGAUCUUUAUCGUGUGUAAAUUAAAAUGAGGCAUUACCUUAAUGUGA